AUGUUAUCAGUAUAUAUACCGCGGUGGACCCAAGUCGCCUUCAGUGUUGAUUGGAACGUCAAGAUGGCGCGGCAAGGCAGAGACAUGUUUAGAAAGCUAGUUGUAGACGUAUUUCUCAUCAGCGCGUUGGGACUAUCCAUAUAUUUGUUGAAUUCUUUGGUGGUGCCAUUUCGAAGAGGCUUUUUCUGUGACGACGAGAGCCUCAUGUUCCCUUAUAAGAACGACACUGUCAGCACUCCGGUGUUGAGAAUUUACGGUUUAGCUCUACCAAUAUUGGCCUUCCUGGUAUGCGAAUGGGUGCUGUUCAGAGGGGAGAAUGAAAAAGUGAAACUCCUCUCGUUCAGUGUUCCAGCUUGGCUGAGAGGCUUCUAUUGUCCACUGGCAUCAUUUUCAUUUGGAGCCUGUUUCAUUGAGCUCACAACGAAUAUCGCAAAAGUCGUAAUUGGAAGACCACGGCCACACUUCUUUGAUCUCUGCAAACCGUCAAUAGACUGUAGUGCUCCUGAGUGGCAGCGGAGGUACAUCGAAUCUCACGAGUACUCCUGCACAGGAGACAGGACCGAGCAUAUGGGAGACAUGCACAUGUCUUUCCUCAGUGGACAUUCGGCUUGGUCUGCUUUCACCAUGUUCUAUUUGGCUUUGUACCUCGAAAAGCGUGUUGUAUGGCGCGGGACUCGCGUCUUACGUCACUCCCUUCAAUUCGUCGCUGUGAUGCUGAGUUGGUUCACGGCCCUAUCUCGUGUGUCUGACUACAAACAUCACUGGAGCGACGUACUCGCUGGCUAUUUCAUGGGCAUGACCUUCGCUGUACUAGUUUGGACAUGGGGUACGGACAUUUUGGAACCAAGACAAAAACACAGGCCAGUGCCGAGCGAACUAGCUUCAAUACAACACCAACAGAUGGCGCUGCCUGCUUGAUUAGAAAUAUUGAAUAUGAUAUAAUUAAGAUGUAUUAGUUUUAAGACCUACUUAGAAAUACGCUAAAUACGAAAAUCUUGAAAACAUAAUUAAGUAGACUUAUUUAUUUAUAAUAAAGGAUCUCAAUAUAAGCAUC